AUGGUUCGUCCGAGGCCUGUCGUCCAAGACCUUCUCGCCGAUCUUCCAACUGAUGCCGAAGCCGCACCGGUGCAAUCAAUGCUCCCCCCCAAACCAAAGAGAGUAAAAAAGGCGCAGCCUAAGGCCAAGGCUAUUGAUGCCGAAGCUGAGGAUACUGUGCCUAUUUCAAAGCUGGCAGAAAGCAAGAAAUCAACCUCUGUCUCUACCAAGAGGUCUGCUGAGGGCCAACCCUCAGGGUCUACACAAACAAAAAGGCCAAGGUCAUCGUCUGCGACGACCUCGGCUUCGAAGAAGCCCGACGUCCCCUGGGCCCCUGAUCUAUCCCUGGAGGAUAGGCCUAUUAUGGCUAGUGAGAGUACUGACGAUAUUAAUGUUGCUGUCGCUCUUAGCACUGCUCUCCUUCUACCAAAUGACUUGGAGCGAAAUGCCAAGUUUAGUGAGUAUGAAAAUUACGCCCUGAUGCUCCAACAUUCUGCUCAAAGGGAAACAUCUUCACUGAAGAGAGAGAUAAGGGCCCUUGAAGCAAAGAUGAAAAAACUGGAGGAUCAGGCCGAGGCUGCAACGAAGAACCAUACCUUAGCUCUAGAAAAGGCCGAGGCUGCUGAAGCCGUUAAAAAAGUAGCUGAAGCCGAGAAAAGGGAGGCCGAAGCUCAGAAAGUCCAGGCGCAAAAAGAACUUCAACAAGCUCUGGCCACCAAGGAGGCCGAAGUGAAAGAGGCCGAUGAAAAGGCCUAUGCUCAAGGCAUGGCCGACGUUGCAGAAGACUAUAAGCUUCAAGCCGACGCUAUUCCGUUACCGUUUCCUCCUCCUCCUCCUGAAGGUGAAUCAGAAUCUGAGGCCGAGGCCGUUGAUGAAGAUGAAGAAAAAGAUGAUGGUGACGCCCUGGUGAGAAGGCCCAAGAAUGCUGCCGAAGUCAAGUCCCCUCCUUCUGCUGAACAGGUUAUGGACUUGACUUUGGAUGAGGAGGGUGAUGGGGCUGAGGGGGUACCCAAGGAGACUGUUACUGGGCAACUACCGUCCAAUCUUCUCUUAGUUGAAAGGAGUGUUGAGUCAACAAUUGCUGAGAUUGAUGCUGAGGUAGAAGCGGAGAAAGUGGCCGAGGAGAUUCCACCUGAAUCGUCCGAGGUCCCAGUUCCUGCUGUUGCUGAUAGUGCGAAUGGAAACUGCAAUUACUUCAGUUCGGCAGAUGAUGGCGACGACGACGUUACGUCCACAAUUCAUGCCAAUGCUGGACCUCAGACAGAUUCAAGUAGUGCAGAAAUUAAUGAUCUAAGGAGAAGGAAUGACCUGAUGGACAUAACAGUGUCUAAUAUAAAUGCUCUGUUAACAGUGUCUAAUAUUUAA